CAACGACAGUUCAGUAUCGUAAUUCCAAACCCGCACUUGUUGAAACUUGCAGAUUCCCCUCGCGGACCCCGUUGGACGAUUGCGAUCGUGUGUGCAGACGUCAAGUUCACACCGGCGGAUAUAUUGAAGACAAAUACACAAUGGGACAGAAACACAGCAUAACGACAACCAUUGAAAUCGCAGCGCGGCCUUCGACGGUGCGAAAUGUGUUCCUCGACUGGCCCCACUACAGCAACUGGACUCAACGCUUCAAACUCACACCCCUGGAACCCGCCACCGCAACCCCCAUUGAGCUGAAACCCGGCGAUAAGAUAAAAGUAGACAUGGGCACCGUGUUCCGCCCUGUCGUGGUUGAGAACUCGCCGCACGCAUUCAAAUGGCUAGGCUCCCUCUACGGCCUCUUCGACGGGCAGCACGAGUUCUAUUUCAAGGAAAGCGAGACGACGCCCGGUGGGACGACGCUUGUGCAGGAAGAGCAUUUCACGGGGGCUUUGACGUAUUUUGUCAGGGAAGGGUCGAGUGGUGGGGUGCAGACCAAGACAAAUUUUGGGGUGUUCAAUGAGGAUUUGAAGAGGGAGGCUGAGAGGGUGGAGGUUUAGUU